AUGCCAGAGCUCCAGCUGCCGGUUGCCGCGGUGCUCGUCGCGGGAGCAAUGUGCAGCCUAGUGUCCUAUGCGGCAGCGCAUAGAGAGGACGCAAAGGAAGGGAAAAUCAAGCUUUCCGCGUACGCAGGCGACACAGAUGUUACUAUGGACGACGCGUUCAACGUCACUGAAGCCGAGGACAUCAUCGAAGGCGAUUCCCAGGCGAGAGGCAGGUUUGGACUGGGACUAAAUGUCUAUGUUCAUCUAAUCCCCGCCGGCGCAUCCGAGGAGGUGGACGGUGGCGUCAACGCCAACAUAUUCCGCAAACUCGAUUCGCCGGUAUCUAAGGGAGGCGAUAACUUCUCCACCGGACGAGUUGGUUGGGAAGACUAUUCGACAGCACGCAUCCUCUUUGCAACUCGCAGUAUCCCAUUAACUCUGCUCCAGGGUGAUGGUUCUCGCUCAGGGAGAAGUAGUCGAGUUCGACAGCCCCAAGGCGCUGCUGUCGGACCCAUCGUCAAAGUUUACUCCCUGUGCAAGGCCUCGGGCAAAGAGGAGUUCGCCGUGUUGAAGAAGUUGGCCGUCGUUUGGUCACGGAUAUACUAG